CAAACAACAAGAGUCAGUAAUGGGAGGUGGUGAUUCACAAUGUGAACGGAAUGGGCACUGAUACCUUACUAUUCAACUCCUUUUUUUUAUUCCAAACCUAACAGCGAUCGAUCAAGAGAUGCCGCUAGAAGAACCAGAAUUUCAACUUUCAAUCUAACUCAAGAAUUUGAAUCUAUUUCAAUUCUCUAUUCCCUCUUUUACGUCGCUCAUGUCUAUCUCAUUCUAAUUCACUUCUUUUUUUUUAUACUAUUUUUUCACUAUUUAUACCAUUCCCUCCAACACCAUUCCAUUCUCAACAACUCAAUUCGAUACACUUCUCUCUCUCUCUCUACUACAUUGGAGUUUAGAACACUUCUAAUCUUUCUCUCGACACAUGGGUAACUCUACCAGUGAAACUGAUCAACCCAAUCAACUAACUGAUCUCGUCAUCAAUCCUUCUUCAAACCCAACGCCGGGCGCAGUUUUGCGAGAUGGAAAGGAAAUUCUUUUUCAGGCAUUUAACUGGGAGUCUCACAAAUACAAUUGGUGGGAAACUUUAGAAACCAAAAUUCCGGACAUAGCUAAAGCUGGAAUCACUUCAGCAUGGUUGCCACCACCAACUCAUUCCUUCGCGCCUGAAGGUUAUACUCCUCAGGACCUUUACUCUCUUAAUACUAAAUAUGGUUCUGAGCAUCAAUUAAAAGCCUUACUUCACAAGAUGAAGCAACACAAAGUCAGAGCAAUGGCUGACAUAGUUAUCAAUCAUCGCGUUGGCACCACCCGAGGACGCGGAGGGAUCUACAAUCGCUUUGAUGGAAUUUCAUUACCGUGGGAUGAACGUGCUGUAACAUCUUCUACUGGUGGACUGGGUAAACAAAACACAGGGGCCAUUUUCCACGGGUUUCCCAAUAUCGAUCAUACUCAAGACUUUGUGAGAAAGGAUAUCAUAGGAUGGCUUCAGUUUCUACGCCAUAAAGUAGGCUUUCAGGAUUUUCGUUUUGAUUUUGCAAAAGGCUAUUCACCAAAAUAUGUGAAAGAAUAUAUUGAAGGAGCAAAGCCAGUGUUCUCUGUUGGGGAGUAUUGGGAUACUUGCAACUACAACGGUUCUAGUUUGGACUAUAACCAAGAUAGCCAUAGGCAACGAAUAGUUAAUUGGAUUGAUGGCACUGGACAGCUCUCAACUGCAUUUGACUUCACAACAAAGGGAAUUCUCCAGGAAGCUGUCAAGAGAGAAUAUUGGCGACUGUGUGAUGCUCAAGGAAAGCCGCCUGGAGUGAUUGGGUGGUGGCCUUCAAGAUCAGCUACAUUUAUAGAUAAUCAUGAUACUGGCUCAACUCAGGCUCAUUGGCCCUUUCCUUCUGAUCAUGUUAUGGAGGGAUAUGCUUACAUAUUGACUCAUCCUGGGAUACCUACAAUUUUCUAUGACCACUUUUAUGACUGGAACCAAUCAGUUCAUGAUCAGAUUGUGAAGUUGAUUGACACUCGCAAGCGUCAAGGUAUUCAUAGCAGAUCACCUAUUAGGAUUCUGGAAGCCAAGCACAAUGUAUACGCUGCAAUCAUCGGGGAAAAGCUCUGCAUGAAGAUUGGAGAUGGUUCAUGGAGCCCAUCUGGGAAGGAAUGGACUCUAUCUACCAGUGGCCAUAACUAUGCUGUAUGGCACAAGUAGUAUUCCUGUAGCUUGACCCUUCCUCUCCACUGGGUGUGGACUUAAAUGGAGGGAGUUAUGUGCUUCUUAUAUGCUUUUAUUCCUAAUACAUGAUGGAACUGCAGCUCUUCUUUUCCCCCCUCUUCCAGCAGGCUUUGUGGAAGUCGGUGUAUAGUAAUUUAUCACUAGAUUCUUGACCAGUGCGAUGCACGGGUUUAUCGCACUGGUCUGAUGUACUAUUUUAUAUUACAAAUAAACUAUCAACUAUUAAUGAUAAAGAAAUUAAAUUAUCGUAAUAGGUUAAAUUAUAA